CCAGAUUUAUACGAUGCAGCCGACGGGUUUCUCGGUCUCAACAAUGGACAACAUCGAUUUCGCGGAGGCCACAAUCUCAAAAACAUCUGCUCCCCAUCUUCUCUUUCACCGGAGGUGAUUAUGCCGGGAGGUCACUCACAACUCUCGUCAAAUGCAUUUGGUCCACCUUCAGCGCAUUACCCUCCUGGCCUCUAUGGUUCCAUCCCGCCUCCGCACCACUCUGCUCCACUGCCACCUUUGCAUGAACUCUCUGACGCAUCUGAUCGGCGUAGCAUAUCUGGAAGAACCCCCCACAUCUCUGCUCACACCCAACCUCCGCCUCCUCCUUCGCAUGACUUCAAUGCAAUGCAGCUGGCUGCGGCUGCAGGUCUUCAUUAUUUUUCUUCCACCAAUGCAAGAUCUGGAACAAAUGGACCCAAUUCGAUUGAAUCAUGUCUCUAUCCGAAUGCAUUUCAGCCUCCCUCUCAGUCUUCUCAAUCUGCACAAGCUGAACAGCAACAGGUAUCACCUCAAAUUCCACCACUGUUGGAUUCACCGGGAGAACUAGGCAUGCAGCGGUGGAUUAAUCGAUCGAUAGCGUCGGAGAAACUAAGGCUGGUGGAACUUUGCGCUUUUGUUGAGUACCCGUGUGAGAUAUCCGAUUCGACGGCUCAAGAUUUAACCCUCAAUCCUGAGUCCGCACCAAUGAAGCAGCAUAAUUUCGCGCAUAUAACGACCAACAGCGUGCAUCCUUCCGAUCCAAUACUUGAGGAGGUGGAUGCCAGUCAGAUUUGGGACAAAUUUCCCACCGACGGACUCAAACAACGCAUUGAAGAGGACUCUCCAAAUGUGUUUUUCCUUGUCAAAUUAUGGGCUGAUAUCAACACAGAACUUCCAGAAGGAGCAAACUAUGCAGUAUCUUCAGUAUUCGAAGGAACAGAAGAUGUACCCCUGUUAGUGUCCACGCGCUUAUGCUCCUACAGUUCACCGUUCGUUGAGAAACUGGAGUACGAAAGCCCGGUUUUGGAGAACGGACGGUAUUUAUAUAAGCAACUGCAAAGUCCCAUGUGCACAUGUAUGAAGAAGUUUAUUGCAAAACUACUCAAACUGUCUUCACUGGCGGAAAUGAAUCAAGUUCUUGAGAACUUUACAAUUCUUCAGAUUGUUACGAAUAAGAAUACGGAUGAAGUAUUACUCGGAAUCGCAUACGUUCUGGAGGUUUCCAAAUCUCUUACCGGUGCCCAACAUAAUAUCUACCGUCUUGCCAAACCAGAAGUAUCUUCAACAACCAAUCAGCAGCGUCCUCUAACAACCAACCUUAAUGGUCAAUCCCCUCCAGUCACAUCCGCAGGUGACACAUAG